AUGUCAUUCAAACUUUACAUUCAUUACAUCUACAAUAAGUACGCGCGUGAGUGGCCGGUCGAGACACACGGAAAGGUCCGUGUUUCAGCUGAGGAUCGGCUAAAUGUGUGGCAAUUAUGCAAAACAUAUUUAGGCGGCGAAUGGAGUGAUGUUUGCGCCGACGAUCUGGUUAUCAAACCCGCGAUGGGCGGAUUUGUAAACAAAAUAUUAUUCUGUUUUCUCCCCGACUCGAUUGACCAUGAACAAGUGAAAUACCCCAAAGUUGUGGUCAAAUAUUUCGAUGUCGAUUGUUUCGAGAGGUGUGGCAUAAAUCUAACCCAUUUAUUAGCAGUUAAUUCUCACUAUUUCAACGCCGGCGAUGACCUCAACCCUACGGCAGUGUCAGUGUUGGCACAAAAAGUGGCAAAAUUGCAUUCACUAGAUAUGCCGAUACCUAAAGACAGCGCCGACUGGCAUAUGAAAAUAAUUAUGGACAUUAGGUUCCCAGAGAGCGAUCGAGAGUCUUAUAGAAACGGGUCGGUUCGUCAGGAGAUCCAGAAGAAUAAGAAUGAUUACAAGACACUGAUAUCAUUGAACUUAUUGGAUGAGUUGGAUUGGCUCAGACGUAUGUGCGAACACAUUGACAGUCCUGUAGUCUUCUCUCACUGUGACCUCAAUCGACGCAAUACUUUGGUCCGGGAGGGAGGGGUUGGCCCGGGUUUGGACGACGUAUACAUUAUUGACUGGGACUGGUGUUGCUAUACCUAUAGGGGCGCAGACUUUGGCGAUUAUUUUAUGAAUUGGUGCCAAACAGAGCUGGACUUCGGUGGCGAACCCUUUCCUACCGAUGACCAGAUGCUGGUCUUCAUCGACGCCUAUAUCCGGGAAAUGACAGCAAUUAAUGGCAACUCUUUUACAAAAUUGGAGAUCAAUUCACGUCAAAGGCUUAUAAAGGAGGCGAAAGUGUUUACUUUAUUGGGUUAUAUAAAGGAAGUUUGUUAUUGUCUUAAACAGUACGGUAGACAUGGAAAGUUAGAAAUGAUGCCUAAAGGAGAACAAAGACUUAAAGUUUACGCAAUACUAAAGGAUCGUAUAUUAGACGAAUAUCCGGAACUUCAAUAA